AUGUUUGUUUUUCUAUUCUUAAUUGAGUUAUCUUGCCAGCUAAUUUUGGAAGAUUGUGGUAGUAUGCAGCCAGGUCUAGUAUUAACUGUGUAUUACAAACCAACAUGCCUUAGUUAUCAAAAAUAUGAACCAGUGGUGACUGAUUUAGCAAAUAGUGUUGCCGCUAAAGGAGUUCCAAUUACGAUACAAAAGGUCAAUUGUGAUAUUUGUGACUGUAACAGUAUGAAUGUCUUUGAAGCUCCUACAACGAUUCUAAGAGAUAAUGGCGCCGAAGUUGCCAGACAAAGGGGAUUUAUGAAUUGUAAAACUAUCAACUCAUUUUUAUCAAAAAAUCUAUGCAAUGUAAAUAGCGAAUUAAUACCGAAAAAUCAAAACAAUACUAAUGUAUAUGGAUGGAGAACUUAUAAUAUUGAACAGCCUUUACCAGCUAUACCAGAAAUACCAACCAAUGUUAUUCCAAUAUGUGAGUUACCAAAGUGUCAAUCAGCUUGCUCAUUAGCUUUAACUUCAGGUACAUGUAAUUAA